AGGAAGCGGAGACGGAAGGAAAGUGCGGCGAGCGGAGUCAGAGGGCGGGAUGCCUGUGGAAAGCAAGAUGGCGGACAAAGAGAAGAAGAAGAAGGAGAGCAUCUUAGACCUCUCCAAGUACAUUGACAAAACCAUCCGUGUCAAAUUUCAAGGUGGCCGGGAAGCUAGCGGUGUCUUGAAGGGAUUUGAUCCCCUUCUCAACCUCGUAUUGGAUGGUACCAUCGAGUAUAUGAGAGAUCCAGACGACCAAUACAAGCUCACAGAGGACACCCGUCAGCUGGGACUGGUAGUUUGCAGGGGAACAUCUGUGGUCCUUAUCUGUCCUCAGGAUGGGAUGGAAGCCAUUCCAAACCCCUUUAUCCAGCAGCAGGAUGGCUAGGCUCUUCUUGAACCCUCAAGAGGACUAAAACCAAUUCCCCUCCCCUCCAACCUCUUUGAAAGGGGAAAUUAUUUUGUAUUUUUUUAUACAGGAGAAGGACCUUA